CGACAGCGUGACUUGUUCGACCUUCUGGAGAAGAAGACUGCGCUGGUUUUAUGCACGCUUGUGACAGUCUUCUGACUGUUUAUCGACCGUCUGAGGUGCAAUGGAAGAUAUGGCAAGCUCAGAAACCAGCUGUACGAUUGCUGCGGGCAGUGUGUCUGAUUCAGUGGUUUCUGCGGAGACAUAUUUGGACGUCCAUCAUGGUGGAAGCAAUGGGAAUGGAAGUUCGAGUGAUGAAAUGGAAGAAAUGUUUAGUCCAUCAACAAUCAUGCAUGUCUUGUUUGGAAAACUGGAAAUUGUUCCUAUUGAUCCACAACAAAUCGAUCUGACUAGAGGUCCGAUGGCUACCUACUUUCCCAAGGAAGUUGGCCUGUGUGAGUCGAGUAUACCGGGGUCAUCAUACGGAGUUUUUACGUUACAAGUGAUACCAGAGGGCACAUGGAUGGGACCAUUUCAAGGAGCUUCGGUUCCGAUCUGGCAACUCACAUCAGGUAGCAAACUUGAACAGAUGUGGGAGGUAUAUAGAGAUGGCCAGUUGUAUCACUACAUCGAUGCCAGCCAGUCGCCAUCCACCAACUGGAUGAAAUUCAUUCAAUCGGCCAGGCAUAGUGGCGAACAGAACAUGGUCGUCUUUCAGUUUCAGACCAGUCUGUUCUAUAAAACUACGAGAGACAUAGAACCAGGAGAAGAACUACUGGUUUGGUAUGGAGAAGAAGAGUAUAUUCAGUGUAUGGGCAUUCCUAUAGGUAUAUCUGAUGAAGUCCCAACUCCUAAAGUGCCACCAACAGUACCAGGUGCUCACACCACUGGAGAUGCAUCUGGAACCGAACAAUCUCUUGCAACGACUCCCAAUGGUGCUGUCACAAUUGAAGGAGUCCAUCUUGCAUCGGAGGUCACCUCCACGUCGGGAGCCAACAGACAAGGUGGGGAGAGCAACCAUCCCGACUGGAACCUCUGGAAGUGUGGCCAAUGUUUCAAAUCAUUCACUCAACGGAUCAUGCUGCAAAUGCACGUUUGUGAGGGAAAAGCACAGCUACCAUUCCACUGUGGUCAUUGCAAUAAAGUCUACUCGACCAGCAACGAACUCAGAAGUCACGUACUAUCGCAUACCAAUGACCGUCCAUUCAAAUGUGGGUUCUGCCACAGAUCGUUUGCUGGAGCUACAACGCUGGCAAAUCAUAUGAGAACGCACACGGGAGAGAAACCGUUUCGAUGUCCGCAAUGCAACAAGGGGUUCACACAGGGGACUCAGCUGGCCCGCCAUUUGCGAAUGCCUGGGGAGUGUACUGGACAGGCAGCAGGCAGUAUGCCUGCUACAUGUGUUUCACUGUAGAUCUGGACGUUAGAUCAUGUGCUUUCAUAGCAUUGCCAUUUUUACGCCCAGUAGAGGCUAGACACACUGCAAUGCUGCGAUCACCUGCCUCGCGCAGUCUAACAAUAUUCCCGCUUGUC